AUGUCUAAAUACUUCAGCUUAACUGCAUCAAUAAGCAGGCGCCUCAAAUCCGGCUUUACCAAUUUGGUCCUCCGAUCGACUGUCACUGACCUAGGUGAUGGUACUGUAAUGCACUGCUGGGUGCACAAGCUCCCAAAACCGAAACCGUUUUUCUCCUACUUGACCAUUACCAGCUCAACGCCUCUCCGAUAUUCCGCCUCCAUCUCUCCGAUAGUCUAUCGCCGGCAGAUUCAGAAACUGCUACUGUCCGCUUCUACCAGGGAUCAAAUGAAGAGAGAGCAACUGUGGCAUGUAGAGAAUAGUGAAGUUUCAGAUGUUGAGACUGAAUUGUUCAUUGGACCUCCAGAAACCAGAAAUCAAUGUACUAUUGCAAGAAUUGCGUUUCGUAGGAUCAAAUCGAGUAUGCAUGUCGACGGUCUAAGACAACUGGGGGAGGCUGAGAGCCGCCGUCAUCCGCUGGGAGGAGCUUUGGCAACUCUUUCAUGCCCCCUCCAGAAAUUCAAGUAUAAGCUCCAUAGCAUCGGAUUUCGUCCUGCAUUUGAUCUUGAAGAUUUGUUGGAGGCUUCUUGGGAAUUCAUUGGAGACGAGGGGCUUUCAUUCAGUACUACGUUCGCAGCUACACUUAGCAAUGGAACUACAAUUGCGUUAAAGAAACUGAAGAUAGGGAGAGUUGCAAACGAGGUGUUCGAUGAAAGGAUGGCGAUUGUCAGAAGUAUCGAUAAUGAAAAUGUAGCUUCACUAUGGGGUUACUUCUUUGUUGAGGAUGGUGUGUGGUGGCUGCACGAUUACUUCAGUCAAGGGAGUGUAUCUGCAAUGUUACACGGGAAAAGAGGCGGUAAUCGGGUUCAUUUAGACUGGGAAACACGGAUUAGAAUUGCGGUUGGUGCAGCAAGGGGUCUUGCUUAUAUUCACACACAAUGUGGUGGAAAGCUUGUCCAUGGAAAUAUAAAAGCAUCGAACAUUUUCCUUAACUCGCAACAAUAUGGCUGUGUGGCUGAUUAUGACUUGGAAAGCCUGAUAAAUCCAGGUGCCAAACCACUUAAUCGAAAUUCCGGGUACCGUGCCCCAGAAGUUUACGGCAAUAAGCCGUCCCAGGCAUCUGAUGUGUACAGCUUUGGCAUCCUGCUGAACUUCUUACAGGAAGGUCCCCAAAGCACGAGUCGUGCACAUAAAAGCUUUGGCGAUUGGGCGCAUCUUCAUGCUCAAGACGGAUUGAGUUUUCUGGUCUACGACGUACAACUUCUAAGAAAUCCCAUUGUAAAACAAGCAAUGUGGAACAUGUUUGAAAUUGCAAUGCCUUGUCUAGCAAAGAAACCAGAAAACAGACCAAAGGUGUCUGAUGUUGUGGAGAUACUGGAGCUUAUAUUAGUGCCGUAA